CUUCCGUCAAACGCACUUUCAACAAGUGGUCGUCGGUUGGACGGUUGGGAGUGUACAUGUGUUUGUGUGUGUCUGUGCUCGUGAACCGGAAUAGUGCUAGUUUGGGUGUGUACUUACAGCCGUGACCUUUGCUACGCAUUUGACUUGACAGAAGUCACAGUAAUGCCGAUCAAGCGGGGCUACAGUGUCUUGAGUUUCAUUCCCAUACAGUGUUUUCAGUGAAUCGAUACUAGACCGUGAGUGAACAUAAAACGAAAAGCAACAUCCAACAACACCGGGCAAGAAACAAACAGCCCCAACCCCAGCGUCGUAAAGGAGCCAAAUCCUUCACCGUGAAAAUGUCACGGCUGUUGAUGUGCACCGGUAUCUGUGUGCUGCUGCUACUCAGCACCGGUUCCGUCGUGUGGGGCUACGAUGGUACCGCCCCGUACACCGUGCACCGUCCGCUCGAAACACUGUUCCGGGGUGCUGUCACCGGGCCGAAGCCCGGGCUAAACGGCAGCGGUCCACACGCUGCCCACGAUUCUCACGGUUCAUUAGCCAGCGAGCAGCAGCAGCAUCAGCAGUCGCAACGGCAACCGUUGGCAGGCGGCGCUGGGAUGCCGGAGCAUCGGAUGGCCGGUUUCGUGCAUCGGAUGGUGGAGCCGGGAGGGUCACCGGUAGCCGGUGGCCAUCAUCGUUGGCACGCGGAUCAAAGGCCGUCGGAAGCGUUCGGUGUCGGACCGCUGCCAGCAUUCCAGCGUGCCCUUCCGGCAAUCGAUAUCGGCGGACAGGGCGGUGUGGAUGAUUUCAUUGGCCACGGGGGACCACCGCCGCUGGACAUACCGCAGGAGCCGCAGGUCCUCGACCCGGCCGACAACGAGAUCGGCGACAAUCCGCUGCUGCUAGCCGCACUCGGCGCCAUUAGUGGACCGCGGGUGGUCGACCACGAAGAGGCGGCUCCCUCCCCCCACCACCACCACCCCCAGCCGACCGGGCGCAUGAUGGAAAGCAUCGAUCUGAUCCGGGAGCAGCUGGAGCGCAUCAAGCAGGAGGAGGACAUCGAAAUCAAAUCGAAUCUGCUGAUGAAGCUGCUGACGGAAUUGCCCGAGGGACCGCUGCCGAUUGUCUACAUCGAGGAUGCGGCCGGCAAGGCGGGCUCGGUGCGACGCACGCAAGUCGACGGAGAUGACACAACCGACGGUAGCGACGCCGCGCUCGAAGACGAUGACGAUGCCGAGGACGACGAGGAAAGCUUUGGCGAGGAGGAUGGACCGCUCGGUGAUGGUGGUCGAAUGCGGACGCAGCAGCUCACGCCGAACGGUGGCAAACGGUCCGGACGGUACUACAGGCGCUAUCCCUGGAAGCGUCAGAACGCACGCAGCCGAACCUACGAUGCCGAAGCCCGCUACCUGUGCGUCCCGAGCCGUGAGGACGUGUUCAAGCUGCUCGUCGGGCUGCACGAAAACCGAAUCGGCAACCACCAGAAGACGGUCAACUUCUGCAACCGAAAGCGUCCGGCCAAAGCCAUCUUCACAAACAUCCGCUUCCUGGGCUAAGCUGGGCAACCCUGCCGCCAAGUCCGAACGUCAUCACAAUGAACAAAAAUGCAAGGCCAAAACGGGACCGCAGGUGAUCGACACCGGUUCCGGAUCCUCUACCAGCAGGCGAGAAGGCUCAAAGGAUCCGAUCGGUUUGCUACAGCCCUUGCCGCACGUGUCCCGGUUACGCUGGUUUCCGCAUAUUUUCAUCAACACACGACACGAUACGCAAACUGUUACCCAAAACCGCUCUCCAUUGUAUCCACAAGUGUAGGAAAGUGAAGAGAAAACCCCCCAGUAAAAUAAUCUGUAAAACUGUUUUCCAUUGUCCGCUCGUGUCCGCAAAAAGAAGAAAAAAACAAUCUUUAAUCCGUUUUUAGUCGAUGGAUGGGAGAGGAGAAGGUCGGGAGGGCGAUGAUUGGGAGUGAGCUUGUUGCUACAUGGGCACAAUCCCUUCCAUACAAACAAUUACCCAUAAAUAUGUAUACAUUUAUACCCUCCCGUUGGGCAGAACAUUAAAGAAAACCCACAAAAAAAAAGAAAUCAAUUAACAAACACACACACACAGACACACAUCCUCAGCACAAUGGCGCCUAUCUUAUUCGUAUUAAUAUCCGUUUUCCUGUUUGGGGCAAAUCCUCCGUGUGUGCGUGUUGUCAUUAAGAUACAAUCAUUUACCAGUACCAUGCACAAUUUUGUCCUCGUCUCGGGCCGGACACGUGUUCCCCCGUGUGUUGACAUCCCGGUCGGGUUGAUCGAGAUCGACAAACAGGGACAGGAGGGGAGGGGGGGAGCCGUGCACGGUCCCGGAAGCGGGGAUCCUGGGAGAAAUAGACUUCAGGGCGGCUGGGCGGAAUAUAAAAGGGGCAUAUGAAACAAAAACAAAAAACAAAAAUACAUAAAUAAGCAAACAUAAAAAAGGGCUCAAGCAUACUUUAAGCAAAAAAAUAUAUAAAAACUGUUCCAAACCUGUACGAUAUAGCUCUGUAUGUAGGUGUAUUUGUGUGUAUUUCAAACAUUUGGCAGCAAAAGAGUAAAAGCAACACAAAACAAAAGCAAAACUGGGGGACUGCUGAUGACGGUGACGGUACGCGAGGUGAAAGUAGGGACAUUCAACACACCCGAGGGGCAUAAGGGAGGGUCAGAGAGAUAUGAAGAGAGAUGGGAAUUGUAAUAUUGUAAAAAUCAUAUGUUGACAACCAAUACAAAAGGUCCCGAAA